AUGCCUGAAUGUCUGAACGUCAGUAGUCCCGGUGCAUGCCGUCACCUGUCAGGCUCCAGUAAACGCUUCGCGCAGUUGCUGGGACGCUGGACCGUCACCGGCGCUGCAGUACCAGCCACACAGCUGAUGUACGGACCGGGAAAGGGGCGGGGGUGGGGUUGGGAGAGUGAAGCAGUCGGUGGCGGCUGUGCUGCGCCGUGCCGUGCGAGUAGCGGCGGGGGCGGUGGCGGGGACUGUGGCGGGGGCGGCGCCGGAGGCGGACGCGGCGUUCCGGAAGGCAGGAGGCCGAGCGCCGCAGCGCCGCAGCGCCGCGCUGUGACGGCCGGGGCGCAGCGGCCUACACCGCAGCCUGCCGGCGUCCACCUACCGCCCUGCCCACUGGUCACGGGGUCCGCGCUUACACGUGUAGCGCGUCUGUCACUGUCGCAGCUGCGCCAUAGCGAGGGGGCAGCUGGAGGAGUAAGAAGGGGCAGCUCUGGAGGAGGAGGAGGAGGGGGCAGGAGGAGGAGGAGGAGGAGGGGGCAGGAGGAGGAGGAGGAGGAGGAGGAGGAGGAGGAGGAGGAGGAGGAGGAGGAGGAGGGGGCAGGAGGACAAGGAGGAGGAGGAGGAUGA